GUUCGGUAGUUUCUACUGGACUUCCAGAAGAUGGGUACAGGUGGUGGGAUGCGAAUACCACUAUGGAUAUCAAUACUAGCACUUGCCUUCGUACAGAUCAAAGUUCAAGCCCAGGAUGAUGAACAACAAACAAAAUCGAACUAUGUUUCUCCAUCCAUCCUGCAGCGACAAAAAAAUUUUCCACCAGCUUCAAAAUCGCAAGAAGUGACAAUCAUUCCACCAUUUCAAAACACAUUGACAUUAAAAGCUGGCAACCCUUCUCACAAUGGCCGGGUGUGCAGCACAUGGGGUAACUUCCACUUCAAGACCUUUGAUGGAGACAUCUUUUACUUCCCUGGGGUCUGCAAUUACAUCUUUGCAUCCAACUGCAAAUCUUCCUAUGAGGACUUCAACAUCCAGAUCAGGCGUACAAUGGUGGAAAAUGCUACCAUGAUCACUCAUGUCAUCAUGAAGCUGGAAGGAGCAGUGAUUGAACUGACCCGUGGCUCUGUCCUGCUUGAUGGCAAAUUGGUUCAGAUGCCCUACAGCCAUAUGGGAGUCUUAAUAGAGAGAAGUAACAGCUAUUUGAAAGUUUCUGCCAAGAUAGGACUGACUUUCCUUUGGAAUGAAGAGGAUGCCCUUCUGGUGGAACUAGAUAAGAAAUAUGCCAAUCAAACUUGUGGACUAUGUGGGGACUUCAAUGGAAUUCCAGUCAGCAACGAAUUUAUUUCAGAGAAGACAAAGCUGACUCCCAUACAGUUUGGGAAUAGACAGAAGAUUGACGGACCCACAGAGCAGUGUGCUGAUCCUGUUCCUUCUGCUGUUCUAAUGAACUGCUCAGCUGAAUUUGCUUCUAUCUGUGAGACAGUAUUAACCAGUACAGCAUUUACAAGCUGUAAUGCACUUGUGAAUGUUCAGGACUACAUUGAAACUUGCAUACAAGACUUAUGCCACUGUGAUAGCUCUAUGGCUGACUUCUGUAUGUGCAACACCUUUGCUGAAUACUCCCGGCAGUGUGCUCAUGCAGGUGGACAGCCUCUGAACUGGAGAACCUCAGAACUGUGUCCCAAAUCAUGUCCUUUCAACAUGCAAUAUCAGGAGUGUGGCUCCCCCUGCUCUGACACAUGCAGCAACCCGGAACGAUCUGCACUUUGUGAAGAUCACUGUACAGAUGGCUGCGUCUGUCCUCCAGGAAUGGUAUUUGAUGAUAUUAAUGGUGCUGGCUGCAUUCCCCGUAAAGAAUGUCAUUGUACCUACGAAGGUGAAACUUAUGCUCCUGGUGCCUCCUUCUCAUCUAAAUGCAGAUCAUGUACCUGUGCUGGAGGUGAAUGGUCUUGUGUCACCCAGUCAUGCCAUGGAACUUGCAGUAUUGAAGGAGGCUCCCACAUCUCAACAUUUGAUGAGAAAUAUUAUUCCUUCUUCGGAGACUGUAGUUAUGUCCUAACCAAGCUCUGUGAUAGCAAUGAAUUCACUGUUCUGGGAGAUAUCUACAAGUGUGGCCUGACUGACACUGAGACAUGCCUAAAGGGUGUAACUGUCAGCCUCAGUGGAGGACAAACUAACAUUGUGAUCCAGCCUUCUGGCAGUGUAUUUGUGAACAUGAUCUACACACAGCUGCCAUUCUCUGCAGCAAAUGUCACCAUCUUCAGACCAUCAUCUUUCUUCAUCAUUCUGCAAACGACCUUUGGUCUUCAGCUACAGGUUCAGCUCGUGCCCCUCAUGCAACUUUUUAUAGACUUAGACCCAUCACAUAAAGGGCAGACCUGUGGUCUCUGUGGUAACUUCAAUGACAUGCAGACAGAUGAUUUCAAAAUCACCAGUGGUGUAGUAGAGGGUACUUCAGCUGUCUUUGGCAAUACUUGGAAAACACAGGCCAAUUGUCCUGAUGUUGAAAAUACCUUUGAGGACCCCUGUACUGUCAGCAUACAAAAUGACCAGUAUGCUCAGCACUGGUGUGGACUACUCUCUGAUACCAUGGGACCUUUUGCUGAAUGUCACUCAACAGUGAAUCCAGAAGUUUACCAGAAGAACUGCAUGUUUGACACUUGUAACUGUGAGAAGAGUGAGGUCUGCAUGUGUGCUGCCCUUUCCAGCUAUGUCAGGGCCUGUGCUGCUAAAGGAGUUCUCCUCACCGGCUGGAGGAGCAAAGCCUGCACAAAAUACACCACCUUGUGUCCGAAAUCCUUGGAGUACGCUUACAAUGUCAAUUCCUGUCAACCCACCUGCCGGUCUCUGAGUGAGCCUGAUGUCACAUGCAACAUCAAGUUUGUCCCAGUUGAUGGCUGCACCUGCAUAAAUGGAACCUAUAUGGAUGAAAGUGGCAAAUGUGUGCCUACUUCUAGCUGUCCUUGUUACUACAAAGGAAUGCCUCUGUCUACUGAAGAAGUUAUUCAUGACAAUGGUGUUGUGUGCACUUGUACGUAUGGAAAGCUGAGCUGCAUUGGAGAGAAACCUGAACCAGUCUGUGUACCUCCCAUGGUCUAUAUUGACUGUGGCAAUGCCACUGCAGAUGUGAUAGGAGCAGGAUGCCAGAAGAGCUGUCAGACUGUAGACAUGGAAUGUUACAGAACGCAGUGUGUCUCUGGCUGUGUAUGUCCUCAUAAUCAAGUGUUAGAUGGCAAAGGUGGCUGUAUAGAUCCAGAGGACUGUCCAUGUGUUCACAAUGGGAAUUCCUACACUCCAGGAGAAUCGAUCAGAGUUGGCUGUAACAACUGCACAUGUAGAAAUAGAAAAUGGCACUGCUCUGAGGAACCUUGCCUGGAAACCUGUUCUGUUUAUGGAGAUGGGCAUUACACCACCUUUGAUGGCAAACGCUUCGAUUUUGAAGGAGACUGUGAAUAUGUUCUGAUCCAGAACUAUUGUGGUCAACAAGGUAUGAAUCAGGGAACCUUCAGAGUCAUCACUGAGAACAUUCCAUGUGGUACUACCGGAACCACCUGCUCCAAGUCUAUUAAAGUUUUCCUGGGGAACUAUGAGCUGGUACUCAGUGACGGACACUCUGAUGUCAUCCAGAGGACACCUGGAGGAAAAAUGCCAUUCCAAAUCCGUUCCAUGGGCAUCUACCUGGUGGUUGACACUACUGUUGGUCUGAUACUCAUGUGGGACAGAAAAACCAGUAUAUUCAUCAAACUUAGUCCCAGCUUUGAGGGACAAGUCUGUGGACUUUGCGGAAACUAUGAUGGCAAUGGAAAUAAUGACUUCACUACUCGCAGUCAAUCUGUGGUAGGAAAUGUGCUGGAGUUUGCCAACAGCUGGAAAGUGUCUUCUAGUUGCCCAAACGCCAAUCGUACCAAGGAUCCAUGCACUGCAAACCCAUACAGGAAAGCCUGGGCACAGAAGCAAUGCAGUAUCAUUACCAGUGAAGUGUUUGCAAAGUGUCACUCACAGGUUGAACCAAAUGAAUAUUAUGAAGCAUGUGUAGAUGAUGCUUGUGCCUGUGACACUGGAGGAGACUGUGAAUGUUUCUGUACAGCAGUAGCUGCCUAUGCUCAAGCGUGCAAUGAGCUGGACAUCUGCAUUUCAUGGAGAACCCCAUCCAUUUGUCCUCUCUUCUGUGACUACUACAAUCCACAAGGGGAAUGUGAGUGGCACUACAAGCCAUGUGGAGCUCCUUGUAUGAAAACCUGCAAUAACCCAAGUGGGAAUUGCCUUCAUGAGUUGAGAGGCUUGGAAGGCUGCUAUCCACACUGUCCAAAGAAUAAGCCCUAUUUCGAUGAAGAAACCAUGACCUGUGUUUCUAAUUGUGGUUGUUAUGAAAAUGGAAAAAAUUACAAACCAGGAAUGCAGAUGCCUUCAAAUCAGAAUUGUCAUUUAUGUGAAUGCACAGAUCAUGGCAAAAAAUGCAAGUACGAUGCAGACGAAUGUGUCUGCAUUUAUGAGGGACGGAACUACAAAUAUAAAGAUGUGAUCUACAAUACUACAGAUGGCACAGGAGGGUGUAUUGUCGCAACCUGUGGUCCCAGUGGAACACUUCAAAGGACUGUCUAUGAAUGUCCAAUCUCAACAUCACCCACAACAGCAACAACAUUUCACUUCAGCACUACGCCACCCGCCACUUCUUCCACAGUGUCUCCAACUACAUCAGUAUGUGUUCAUGAAGUCUGUGAGUGGUCAGAAUGGUAUGAUGGGAGUCUGCAAACCCCUGGCUAUGAUGGUGGAGAUUUUGAAACAUUUGAUGAUUUGAGAGCUAAAGGUUAUGAAGUCUGUAAGGCUCCACGGGCUGUUCAAUGCAGAGCAGAGAAAUUCCCCACUAUACCACUGAAAGACCUUGGCCAAAAAGUAGAAUGCAGUACAACAGCUGGGCUUAUAUGUUACAACAAAGAUCAAAUUUCAACAAUGUGUGACAAUUAUGAAAUCAGAGUCUUAUGCUGUCGAUUUGUACCAUGCUCUUCUACAACACAUUUCACCAUGUCAACACCAAUCACACCACCAGCUACGAGCACAGAAACAUCAAGUCCAGCUGAAGAAACUACAUCAUUUUCAACCACUCUAUCACCAGUUACUCCAACUUCUGAAAGCACAACAUUCACACCUUCAGCUACUAGAGAAAUAACCACACGCACAAGUGAAAUAACAACACCUGUCACCACUUCUCCUUCAACAACUUCUCUUUGUAUUAAAGAACAAUGUUACUGGUCAGUGUGGUAUGAUGUCAGUUAUCCAGGAUCUGGAUACGAAGAUGGAGAUUUUGACACAAUUCAGAACAUUGAAAAGAAGGGAUAUAAAGUCUGUGAUAACAGAAAGGCUGUUGAAUGCAGAGCAGUAAGGUUCCCUAAUACCCCAUAUCCCCUCCUGGAGCAACACAUAACAUGUAACACAGAAGAAGGGUUGAUAUGCUACAAUAAAGACCAACUACCACCCAUCUGCUAUAACUAUAAACUAAGAUUUAAAUGCUGUACAAAUAUGACAGUACCGUGCCAGCCAACUACAGCACCCCAAAAAACUACACAAAAGUCCGAAACUAUUCCCAUUUUUUCAACAACUCUAAGGACAUCAUCGACAGAAGUAUCAACACCACCAUAUUUACAGACCAAACAUAAGGUAACUACAAUCUCAACAACUCCACCAGAAACAGGAUAUAUUCACACAGGAAUUCCACCGCAAUCAACAACAAAAUCAAAAACACAGAAAACAAGUGCAUCACUCUCGACAUACCACUCCUCCACCACGCAGCCCACCUCCUCAGAAAUCGCAUCGCAAACCUACACCAGCACCACCAGCCCCACACCGACACCUACCCUAUACUACGCGAGCGUGACCUCCACCCAGUCCACGACCGCCUGCGAACCCGAGGUGUGCUCCUGGAGCGAAUGGUUCGACGUCGACUUCCCCUCCUCGGGGACCAACCAGGGAGACUUCGAAACCUACCAGCGCAUCCGCGCCGCCGGGAAGGAAGUCUGUCAACGUCCAAAGGAUAUCGAGUGCCGCGCGGAGGACUACCCCGAGGUCUCCAUCCAGCACGUCGGACAGGUCGUGCAGUGCGACGUCCACUUUGGACUGGUCUGCAAGAACGAAGACCAGACUGGCAAAUUUAAGACGUGCCUCAACUACAGGAUCCGCGUCCUCUGCUGCACCCCUAACUACAACUGCCCAAGCAGCACCUCCUUCCCAACCAGCAGCCCCACCAGCAUCAGCACCCGCACUGCCCCAACAUCCUCCAGCGUCACCACCUCCACCUCCACAUACCGCUCCUCCACCACGCAGCCCACCUCCUCAGAGAUCGCAUCGCAAACCUACACCAGCACCACCAGCCCCACACCGACACCUACCCUAUACUACGCGAGCGUGACCUCCACCCAGUCCACGACCGCCUGCGAACCCGAUGUGUGCUCCUGGAGCGAAUGGUUCGACGUCGACUUCCCCUCCUCGGGGACCAACCAGGGAGACUUCGAAACCUACCAGCGCAUCCGCGCCGCCGGGAAGGAAGUCUGUCAACGUCCAAAGGAUAUCGAGUGCCGCGCGGAGGACUACCCCGAGGUCUCCAUCCAGCACGUCGGACAGGUCGUGCAGUGCGACGUCCACUUUGGACUGGUCUGCAAGAACGAAGACCAGACUGGCAAAUUUAAGACGUGCCUCAACUACAGGAUCCGCGUCCUCUGCUGCACCCCUAACUACAACUGCCCAAGCAGCACCUCCUUCCCAACCAGCAGCCCCACCAGCAUCAGCACCCGCACUGCCCCAACAUCCUCCAGCGUCACCACCUCCACCUCCACAUACCGCUCCUCCACCACGCAGCCCACCUCCUCAGAAAUCGCAUCGCAAACCUACACCAGCACCACCAGCCCCACACCGACACCUACCCUAUACUACGCGAGCGUGACCUCCACCCAGUCCACGACCGCCUGCGAACCCGAGGUGUGCUCCUGGAGCGAAUGGUUCGACGUCGACUUCCCCUCCUCGGGGACCAACCAGGGAGACUUCGAAACCUACCAGCGCAUCCGCGCCGCCGGGAAGGAAGUCUGUCAACGUCCAAAGGAUAUCGAGUGCCGCGCGGAGGACUACCCCGAGGUCUCCAUCCAGCACGUCGGACAGGUCGUGCAGUGCGACGUCCACUUUGGACUGGUCUGCAAGAACGAAGACCAGACUGGCAAAUUUAAGACGUGCCUCAACUACAGCAUACGCGUCCUCUGCUGCACCCCUAACUACAACUGCCCAAGCAGCACCUCCUUCCCAACCAGCAGCCCCACCAGCAUCAGCACCCGCACUGCCCCAACAUCCUCCAGCGUCACCACCUCCACCUCCACAUACCGCUCCUCCACCACGCAGCCCACCUCCUCAGAAAUCGCAUCGCAAACCUACACCAGCACCACCAGCCCCACACCGACACCUACCCUAUACUACGCGAGCGUGACCUCCACCCAGUCCACGACCGCCUGCGAACCCGAGGUGUGCUCCUGGAGCGAAUGGUUCGACGUCGACUUCCCCUCCUCGGGGACCAACCAGGGAGACUUCGAAACCUACCAGCGCAUCCGCGCCGCCGGGAAGGAAGUCUGUCAACGUCCAAAGGAUAUCGAGUGCCGCGCGGAGGACUACCCCGAGGUCUCCAUCCAGCACGUCGGACAGGUCGUGCAGUGCGACGUCCACUUUGGACUGGUCUGCAAGAACGAAGACCAGACUGGCAAAUUUAAGACGUGCCUCAACUACAGGAUACGCGUCCUCUGCUGCACCCCUAACUACAACUGCCCAAGCAGCACCUCCUUCCCAACCAGCAGCCCCACCAGCAUCAGCACCCGCACUGCCCCAACAUCCUCCAGCGUCACCACCUCCACCUCCACAUACCGCUCCUCCACCACGCAGCCCACCUCCUCAGAGAUCGCAUCGCAAACCUACACCAGCACCACCAGCCCCACACCGACACCUACCCUAUACUACGCGAGCGUGACCUCCACCCAGUCCACUACCGCCUGCGAACCCGAGGUGUGCUCCUGGAGCGAAUGGUUCGACGUCGACUUCCCCUCCUCGGGGACCAACCAGGGAGACUUCGAAACCUACCAGCGCAUCCGCGCCGCCGGGAAGGAAGUCUGUCAACGUCCAAAGGAUAUCGAGUGCCGCGCGGAGGACUACCCCGAGGUCUCCAUCCAGCACGUCGGACAGGUCGUGCAGUGCGACGUCCAAUUUGGACUGGUCUGCAAGAACGAAGACCAGACUGGCAAAUUUAAGACGUGCCUCAACUACAGGAUACGCGUCCUCUGCUGCACCCCUAACUACAACUGCCCAAGCAGCACCUCCUUCCCAACCAGCAGCCCCACCAGCAUCAGCACCCGCACUGCCCCAACAUCCUCCAGCGUCACCACCUCCACCUCCACAUACCGCUCCUCCACCACGCAGCCCACCUCCUCAGAAAUCGCAUCGCAAACCUACACCAGCACCACCAGCCCCACACCGACACCUACCCUAUACUACGCGAGCGUGACCUCCACCCAGUCCACGACCGCCUGCGAACCCGAGGUGUGCUCCUGGAGCGAAUGGUUCGACGUCGACUUCCCCUCCUCGGGGACCAACCAGGGAGACUUCGAAACCUACCAGCGCAUCCGCGCCGCCGGGAAGGAAGUCUGUCAACGUCCAAAGGAUAUCGAGUGCCGCGCGGAGGACUACCCCGAGGUCUCCAUCCAGCACGUCGGACAGGUCGUGCAGUGCGACGUCCACUUUGGACUGGUCUGCAAGAACGAAGACCAGACUGGCAAAUUUAAGACGUGCCUCAACUACAGGAUCCGCGUCCUCUGCUGCACCCCUAACUACAACUGCCCAAGCAGCACCUCCUUCCCAACCAGCAGCCCCACCAGCAUCAGCACUCGCACUGCCCCAACAUCCUCCAGUGUCACCACCUCCACCUCCACAUACCGCUCCUCCACCACGCAGCCCACCUCCUCAGAAAUCGCAUCGCAAACCUACACCAGCACCACCAGCCCCACACCGACACCUACCCUAUACUACGCGAGCGUGACCUCCACCCAGUCCACGACCGCCUGCGAACCCGAGGUGUGCUCCUGGAGCGAAUGGUUCGACGUCGACUUCCCCUCCUCGGGGACCAACCAGGGAGACUUCGAAACCUACCAGCGCAUCCGCGCCGCCGGGAAGGAAGUCUGUCAACGUCCAAAGGAUAUCGAGUGCCGCGCGGAGGACUACCCCGAGGUCUCCAUCCAGCACGUCGGACAGGUCGUGCAGUGCGACGUCCACUUUGGACUGGUCUGCAAGAACGAAGACCAGACUGGCAAAUUUAAGACGUGCCUCAACUACAGGAUCCGCGUCCUCUGCUGCACCCCUAACUACAACUGCCCAAGCAGCACCUCCUUCCCAACCAGCAGCCCCACCAGCAUCAGCACCCGCACUGCCCCAACAUCCUCCAGCGUCACCACCUCCACCUCCACAUACCGCUCCUCCACCACGCAGCCCACCUCCUCAGAGAUCGCAUCGCAAACCUACACCAGCACCACCAGCCCCACACCGACACCUACCCUAUACUACGCGAGCGUGACCUCCACCCAGUCCACGACCGCCUGCGAACCCGAGGUGUGCUCCUGGAGCGAAUGGUUCGACGUCGACUUCCCCUCCUCGGGGACCAACCAGGGAGACUUCGAAACCUACCAGCGCAUCCGCGCCGCCGGGAAGGAAGUCUGUCAACGUCCAAAGGAUAUCGAGUGCCGCGCGGAGGACUACCCCGAGGUCUCCAUCCAGCACGUCGGACAGGUCGUGCAGUGCGACGUCCACUUUGGACUGGUCUGCCAGAACGAAGACCAGACUGGCAAAUUUAAGACGUGCCUCAACUACAGGAUCCGCGUCCUCUGCUGCACCCCUAACUACAACUGCCCAAGCAGCACCUCCUUCCCAACCAGCAGCCCCACCAGCAUCAGCACCCGCACUGCCCCAACAUCCUCCAGUGUCACCACCUCCACCUCCACAUACCGCUCCUCCACCACGCAGCCCACCUCCUCAGAGAUCGCAUCGCAAACCUACACCAGCACCGCCAGCCCCACACCGACACCUACCCUAUACUACGCGAGCGUGACCUCCACCCAGUCCACGACCGCCUGCGAACCCGAGCUGUGCUCCUGGAGCGAAUGGUUCGACGUCGACUUCCCCUCCUCGGGGACCAACCAGGGAGACUUCGAAACCUACCAGCGCAUCCGCGCUGCCGGGAAGGAAGUCUGUCAACGUCCAAAGGAUAUCGAGUGCCACGCGGAGGACUACCCCGAGGUCUCCAUCCAGCACGUCGGACAGGUCGUGCAGUGCGACGUCCACUUUGGACUGGUCUGCAAGAACGAAGACCAGACUGGCAAAUUUAAGACGUGCCUCAACUACAGGAUCCGCGUCCUCUGCUGCACCCCUAACUACAACUGCCCAAGCAGCACCUCCUUCCCAACCAGCAGCCCCACCAGCAUCAGCACCCGCACUGCCCCAACAUCCUCCAGCGUCACCACCUCCACCUCCACAUACCGCUCCUCCACCACGCAGCCCACCUCCUCAGAGAUCGCAUCGCAAACCUACACCAGCACCACCAGCCCCACACCGACACCUACCCUAUACUACGCGAGCGUGACCUCCACCCAGUCCACGACCGCCUGCGAACCCGAGGUGUGCUCCUGGAGCGAAUGGUUCGACGUUGACUUCCCCUCCUCGGGGACCAACCAGGGAGACUUCGAAACCUACCAGCGCAUCCGCGCCGCCGGGAAGGAAGUCUGUCAACGUCCAAAGGAUAUCGAGUGCCGCGCGGAGGACUACCCCGAGGUCUCCAUCCAGCACGUCGGACAGGUCGUGCAGUGCGACGUCCACUUUGGACUGGUCUGCAAGAACGAAGACCAGACUGGCAAAUUUAAGACGUGCCUCAACUACAGGAUCCGCGUCCUCUGCUGCACCCCUAACUACAACUGCCCAAGCAGCACCUCCUUCCCAACCAGCAGCCCCACCAGCAUCAGCACCCGCACUGCCCCAACAUCCUCCAGCGUCACCACCUCCACCUCCACAUACCGCUCCUCCACCACGCAGCCCACCUCCUCAGAGAUCGCAUCGCAAACCUACACCAGCACCACCAGCCCCACACCGACACCUACCCUAUACUACGCGAGCGUGACCUCCACCCAGUCCACGACCGCCUGCGAACCCGAGGUGUGCUCCUGGAGCGAAUGGUUCGACGUCGACUUCCCCUCCUCGGGGACCAACCAGGGAGACUUCGAAACCUACCAGAGCAUCCGCGCUGCCGGGAAGGAAGUCUGUCAACGUCCAAAGGAUAUCGAGUGCCGCGCGGAGGACUACCCCGAGGUCUCCAUCCAGCACGUCGGACAGGUCGUGCAGUGCGACGUCCACUUUGGACUGGUCUGCAAGAACGAAGACCAGACUGGCAAAUUUAAGACGUGCCUCAACUACAGGAUCCGCGUCCUCUGCUGCACCCCUAACUACAACUGCCCAAGCAGCACCUCCUUCCCAACCAGCAGCCCCACCAGCAUCAGCACCCGCACUGCCCCAACAUCCUCCAGUGUCACCACCUCCACCUCCACAUACCGCUCCUCCACCACGCAGCCCACCUCCUCAGAGAUCGCAUCGCAAACCUACACCAGCACCGCCAGCCCCACACCGACACCUACCCUAUACUACGCGAGCGUGACCUCCACCCAGUCCACGACCGCCUGCGAACCCGAGCUGUGCUCCUGGAGCGAAUGGUUCGACGUCGACUUCCCCUCCUCGGGGACCAACCAGGGAGACUUCGAAACCUACCAGAGCAUCCGCGCUGCCGGGAAGGAAGUCUGUCAACGUCCAAAGGAUAUCGAGUGCCGCGCGGAGGACUACCCCGAGGUCUCCAUCCAGCACGUCGGACAGGUCGUGCAGUGCGACGUCCACUUUGGACUGGUCUGCAAGAACGAAGACCAGACUGGCAAAUUUAAGACGUGCCUCAACUACAGGAUCCGCGUCCUCUGCUGCACCCCUAACUACAACUGCCCAAGCAGCACCUCCUUCCCAACCAGCAGCCCCACCAGCAUCAGCACCCGCACUGCCCCAACAUCCUCCAGCGUCACCACCUCCACCUCCACAUACCGCUCCUCCACCACGCAGCCCACCUCCUCAGAGAUCGCAUCGCAAACCUACACCAGCACCACCAGCCCCACACCGACACCUACCCUAUACUACGCGAGCGUGACCUCCACCCAGUCCAUGACCGCCUGCGAACCCGAGGUGUGCUCCUGGAGCGAAUGGUUCGACGUCGACUUCCCCUCCUCGGGGACCAACCAGGGAGACUUCGAAACCUACCAGCGCAUCCGCGCUGCCGGGAAGGAAGUCUGUCAACGUCCAAAGGAUAUCGAGUGCCGCGCGGAGGACUACCCCGAGGUCUCCAUCCAGCACGUCGGACAGGUCGUGCAGUGCGACGUCCACUUUGGACUGGUCUGCAAGAACGAAGACCAGACUGGCAAAUUUAAGACGUGCCUCAACUACAGGAUCCGCGUCCUCUGCUGCACCCCUAACUACAACUGCCCAAGCAGCACCUCCUUCCCAACCAGCAGCCCCACCAGCAUCAGCACCCGCACUGCCCCAACAUCCUCCAGUGUCACCACCUCCACCUCCACAUACCGCUCCUCCACCACGCAGCCCACCUCCUCAGAGAUCGCAUCGCAAACCUACACCAGCACCACCAGCCCCACACCGACACCUACCCUAUACUACGCGAGCGUGACCUCCACCCAGUCCACGACCGCCUGCGAACCCGAGGUGUGCUCCUGGAGCGAAUGGUUCGACGUCGACUUCCCCUCCUCGGGGACCAACCAGGGAGACUUCGAAACCUACCAGCGCAUCCGCGCCGCCGGGAAGGAAGUCUGUCAACGUCCAAAGGAUAUCGAGUGCCGCGCGGAGGACUACCCCGAGGUCUCCAUCCAGCACGUCGGACAGGUCGUGCAGUGCGACGUCCACUUUGGACUGGUCUGCAAGAACGAAGACCAGACUGGCAAAUUUAAGACGUGCCUCAACUACAGGAUACGCGUCCUCUGCUGCACCCCUAACUACAACUGCCCAAGCAGCACCUCCUUCCCAACCAGCAGCCCCACCAGCAUCAGCACCCGCACUGCCCCAACAUCCUCCAGUGUCACCACCUCCACCUCCACAUACCGCUCCUCCACCACGCAGCCCACCUCCUCAGAGAUCGCAUCGCAAACCUACACCAGCACCACCAGCCCCACACCGACACCUACCCUAUACUACGCGAGCGUGACCUCCACCCAGUCCACGACCGCCUGCGAACCCGAGGUGUGCUCCUGGAGCGAAUGGUUCGACGUCGACUUCCCCUCCUCGGGGACCAACCAGGGAGACUUCGAAACCUACCAGCGCAUCCGCACUGCCGGGAAGGAAGUCUGUCAACGUCCAAAGGAUAUCGAGUGCCGCGCGGAGGACUACCCCGAGGUCUCCAUCCAGCACGUCGGACAGGUCGUGCAGUGCGACGUCCACUUUGGACUGGUCUGCAAGAACGAAGACCAGACUGGCAAAUUUAAGACGUGCCUCAACUACAGGAUCCGCGUCCUCUGCUGCACCCCUAACUACAUCUGCCCAAGCAGCACCUCCUUCCCAACCAGCAGCCCCACCAGCAUCAGCACCCGCACUGCCCCAACAUCUUCCAGUGUCACCACCUCCACCUCCACAUACCGCUCCUCCACCACGCAGCCCACCUCCUCAGAGAUCGCAUCGCAAACCUACACCAGCACCACCAGCCCCACACCGACACCUACCCUAUACUACGCGAGCGUGACCUCCACCCAGUCCACGACCGCCUGCGAACCCGAGGUGUGCUCCUGGAGCGAAUGGUUCGACGUCGACUUCCCCUCCUCGGGGACCAACCAGGGAGACUUCGAAACCUACCAGCGCAUCCGCGCCGCCGGGAAGGAAGUCUGUCAACGUCCAAAGGAUAUCGAGUGCCGCGCGGAGGACUACCCCGAGGUCUCCAUCCAGCACGUCGGACAGGUCGUGCAGUGCGACGUCCACUUUGGACUGGUCUGCAAGAACGAAGACCAGACUGGCAAAUUUAAGACGUGCCUCAACUACAGGAUACGCGUCCUCUGCUGCACCCCUAACUACAACUGCCCAAGCAGCACCUCCUUCCCAACCAGCAGCCCCACCAGCAUCAGCACCCGCACUGCCCCAACAUCCUCCAGUGUCACCACCUCCACCUCCACAUACCGCUCCUCCACCACGCAGCCCACCUCCUCAGAAAUCGCAUCGCAAACCUACACCAGCACCACCAGCCCCACACCGACACCUACCCUAUACUAUGCGAGCGUGACCUCCACCCAGUCCACGACCGCCUGCGAACCCGAGGUGUGCUCCUGGAGCGAAUGGUUCGACGUCGACUUCCCCUCCUCGGGGACCAACCAGGGAGACUUCGAAACCUACCAGCGCAUCCGCGCCGCCGGGAAGGAAGUCUGUCAACGUCCAAAGGAUAUCAAGUGCCGCGCGGAGGACUACCCCGAGGUCUCCAUCCAGCACGUCGGACAGGUCGUGCAGUGCGACGUCCAAUUUGGACUGGUCUGCAAGAACGAAGACCAGACUGGCAAAUUUAAGACAUGCCUCAACUACAGGAUCCGCGUCCUCUGCUGCACCCCUAACUACAACUGCCCAAGCAGCACCUCCUUCCCAACCAGCAGCCCCACCAGCAUCAGCACCCGCACUGCCCCAACAUCCUCCAGUGUCACCACCUCCACCUCCACAUACCGCUCCUCCACCACGCAGCCCACCUCCUCAGAGAUCGCAUCGCAAACCUACACCAGCACCACCAGCCCCACACCGACACCUACCCUAUACUACGCGAGCGUGACCUCCACCCAGUCCACGACCGCCUGCGAACCCGAGGUGUGCUCCUGGAGCGAAUGGUUCGACGUCGACUUCCCCUCCUCGGGGACCAACCAGGGAGACUUCGAAACCUACCAGCGCAUCCGCGCCGCCGGGAAGGAAGUCUGUCAACGUCCAAAGGAUAUCGAGUGCCGCGCGGAGGACUACCCCGAGGUCUCCAUCCAGCACGUCGGACAGGUCGUGCAGUGCGACGUCCACUUUGGACUGGUCUGCAAGAACGAAGACCAGACUGGCAAAUUUAAGACGUGCCUCAACUACAGGAUCCGCGUCCUCUGCUGCACCCCUAACUACAACUGCCCAAGCAGCACCUCCUUCCCAACCAGCAGCCCCACCAGCAUCAGCACCCGCACUGCCCCAACAUCCUCCAGUGUCACCACCUCCACCUCCACAUACCGCUCCUCCACCACGCAGCCCACCUCCUCAGAGAUCGCAUCGCAAACCUACACCAGCACCACCAGCCCCACACCGACACCUACCCUAUACUACGCGAGCGUGACCUCCACCCAGUCCACGACCGCCUGCGAACCCGAGGUGUGCUCCUGGAGCGAAUGGUUCGACGUCGACUUCCCCUCCUCGGGGACCAACCAGGGAGACUUCGAAACCUACCAGCGCAUCCGCGCCGCCGGGAAGGAAGUCUGUCAACGUCCAAAGGAUAUCGAGUGCCGCGCGGAGGACUACCCCGAGGUCUCCAUCCAGCACGUCGGACAGGUCGUGCAGUGCGACGUCCACUUUGGACUGGUCUGCAAGAACGAAGACCAGACUGGCAAAUUUAAGACGUGCCUCAACUACAGGAUCCGCGUCCUCUGCUGCACCCCUAACUACAACUGCCCAAGCAGCACCUCCUUCCCAACCAGCAGCCCCACCAGCAUCAGCACCCGCACAGCCCCAACAUCCUCCAGCGUCACCACCUCCACCUCCACAUACCGCUCCUCCACCACGCAGCCCACCUCCUCAGAAAUCGCAUCGCAAACCUACACCAGCACCACCAGCCCCACACCGACACCUACCCUAUACUAUGCGAGCGUGACCUCCACCCAGUCCACGACCGCCUGCGAACCCGAGGUGUGCUCCUGGAGCGAAUGGUUCGACGUCGACUUCCCCUCCUCAGGGACCAACCAGGGAGACUUCGAAACCUACCAGCGCAUCCGCGCCGCCGGGAAGGAAGUCUGUCAACGUCCAAAGGAUAUCGAGUGCCGCGCGGAGGACUACCCCGAGGUCUCCAUCCAGCACGUCGGACAGGUCGUGCAGUGCGACGUCCAAUUUGGACUGGUCUGCAAGAACGAAGACCAGACUGGCAAAUUUAAGACGUGCCUCAACUACAGGAUCCGCGUCCUCUGCUGCACCCCUAACUACAACUGCCCAAGCAGCACCUCCUUCCCAACCAGCAGCCCCACCAGCAUCAGCACCCGCACUGCCCCAACAUCCUCCAGUGUCACCACCUCCACCUCCACAUACCGCUCCUCCACCACGCAGCCCACCUCCUCAGAGAUCGCAUCGCAAACCUACACCAGCACCACCAGCCCCACACCGACACCUACCCUAUACUACACGAGCGUGACCUCCACCCAGUCCACGACCGCCUGCGAACCCGAGGUGUGCUCCUGGAGCGAAUGGUUCGACGUCGACUUCCCCUCCUCGGGGACCAACCAGGGAGACUUCGAGACCUACCAGCGCAUCCGCGCCGCCGGGAAGGAAGUCUGUCAACGUCCAAAGGAUAUCGAGUGCCGCGCGGAGGACUACCCCGAGGUCUCCAUCCAGCACGUCGGACAGGUCGUGCAGUGCGACGUCCAAUUUGGACUGGUCUGCAAGAACGAAGACCAGACUGGCAAAUUUAAGACGUGCCUCAACUACAGGAUCCGCGUCCUCUGCUGCACCCCUAACUACAACUGCCCAAGCAGCACCUCCUUCCCAACCAGCAGCCCCACCAGCAUCAGCACCCGCACUGCCCCAACAUCCUCCAGUGUCACCACCUCCACCUCCACAUACCGCUCCUCCACCACGCAGCCCACCUCCUCAGAGAUCGCAUCGCAAACCUACACCAGCACCGCCAGCCCCACACCGACACCUACCCUAUACUACGCGAGCGUGACCUCCACCCAGUCCACGACCGCCUGCGAACCCGAGGUGUGCUCCUGGAGCGAAUGGUUCGACGUCGACUUCCCCUCCUCGGGGACCAACCAGGGAGACUUCGAAACCUACCAGCGCAUCCGCGCUGCCGGGAAGGAAGUCUGUCAACGUCCAAAGGAUAUCGAGUGCCGCGCGGAGGACUACCCCGAGGUCUCCAUCCAGCACGUCGGACAGGUCGUGCAGUGCGACGUCCACUUUGGACUGGUCUGCAAGAACGAAGACCAGACUGGCAAAUUUAAGACGUGCCUCAACUACAGGAUCCGCGUCCUCUGCUGCACCCCUAACUACAACUGCCCAAGCAGCACCUCCUUCCCAACCAGCAGCCCCACCAGCAUCAGCACCCGCACUGCCCCAACAUCCUCCAGCGUCACCACCUCCACCUCCACAUACCGCUCCUCCACCACGCAGCCCACCUCCUCAGAAAUCGCAUCGCAAACCUACACCAGCACCACCAGCCCCACACCGACACCUACCCUAUACUAUGCGAGCGUGACCUCCACCCAGUCCACGACCGCCUGCGAACCCGAGGUGUGCUCCUGGAGCGAAUGGUUCGACGUCGACUUCCCCUCCUCAGGGACCAACCAGGGAGACUUCGAAACCUACCAGCGCAUCCGCGCCGCCGGGAAGGAAGUCUGUCAACGUCCAAAGGAUAUCGAGUGCCGCGCGGAGGACUACCCCGAGGUCUCCAUCCAGCACGUCGGACAGGUCGUGCAGUGCGACGUCCAAUUUGGACUGGUCUGCAAGAACGAAGACCAGACUGGCAAAUUUAAGACGUGCCUCAACUACAGGAUCCGCGUCCUCUGCUGCACCCCUAACUACAACUGCCCAAGCAGCACCUCCUUCCCAACCAGCAGCCCCACCAGCAUCAGCACCCGCACUGCCCCAACAUCCUCCAGCGUCACCACCUCCACCUCCACAUACCGCUCCUCCACCACGCAGCCCACCUCCUCAGAGAUCGCAUCGCAAACCUACACCAGCACCACCAGCCCCACACCGACACCUACCCUAUACUACACGAGCGUGACCUCCACCCAGUCCACGACCGCCUGCGAACCCGAGCUGUGCUCCUGGAGCGAAUGGUUCGACGUCGACUUCCCCUCCUCGGGGACCAACCAGGGAGACUUCGAGACCUACCAGCGCAUCCGCGCCGCCGGGAAGGAAGUCUGUCAACGUCCAAAGGAUAUCGAGUGCCGCGCGGAGGACUACCCCGAGGUCUCCAUCCAGCACGUCGGACAGGUCGUGCAGUGCAACGUCCAAUUUGGACUGGUCUGCAAGAACGAAGACCAGACUGGCAAAUUUAAGACGUGCCUCAACUACAGGAUCCGCGUCCUCUGCUGCACCCCUAACUACAACUGCCCAAGCAGCACCUCCUUCCCAACCAGCAGCCCCACCAGCAUCAGCACCCGCACUGCCCCAACAUCCUCCAGUGUCACCACCUCCACCUCCACAUACCGCUCCUCCACCACGCAGCCCACCUCCUCAGAGAUCGCAUCGCAAACCUACACCAGCACCACCAACCCCACACCGACACCUACCCUAUACUACGCGAGCGUGACCUCCACCCAGUCCACGACCGCCUGCGAACCCGAGGUGUGCUCCUGGAGCGAAUGGUUCGACGUCGACUUCCCCUCCUCGGGGACCAACCAGGGAGACUUCGAAACCUACCAGCGCAUCCGCGCCGCCGGGAAGGAAGUCUGUCAACGUCCAAAGGAUAUCGAGUGCCGCGCGGAGGACUACCCCGAGGUCUCCAUCCAGCACGUCGGACAGGUCGUGCAGUGCGACGUCCACUUUGGACUGGUCUGCAAGAACGAAGACCAGACUGGCAAAUUUAAGACGUGCCUCAACUACAGGAUCCGCGUCCUCUGCUGCACCCCUAACUACAACUGCCCAAGCAGCACCUCCUUCCCAACCAGCAGCCCCACCAGCAUCAGCACCCGCACUGCCCCAACAUCCUCCAGUGUCACCACCUCCACCUCCACAUACCGCUCCUCCACCACGCAGCCCACCUCCUCAGAGAUCGCAUCGCAAACCUACACCAGCACCGCCAGCCCCACACCGACACCUACCCUAUACUACGCGAGCGUGACCUCCACCCAGUCCACGACCGCCUGCGAACCCGAGCUGUGCUCCUGGAGCGAAUGGUUCGACGUCGACUUCCCCUCCUCGGGGACCAACCAGGGAGACUUCGAAACCUACCAGCGCAUCCGCGCCGCCGGGAAGGAAGUCUGUCAACGUCCAAAGGAUAUCGAGUGCCGCGCGGAGGACUACCCCGAGGUCUCCAUCCAGCACGUCGGACAGGUCGUGCAGUGCGACGUCCACUUUGGACUGGUCUGCAAGAACGAAGACCAGACUGGCAAAUUUAAGACGUGCCUCAACUACAGGAUCCGCGUCCUCUGCUGCACCCCUAACUACAACUGCCCAAGCAGCACCUCCUUCCCAACCAGCAGCCCCACCAGCAUCAGCACCCGCACUGCCCCAACAUCCUCCAGUGUCACCACCUCCACCUCCACAUACCGCUCCUCCACCACGCAGCCCACCUCCUCAGAGAUCGCAUCGCAAACCUACACCAGCACCACCAGCCCCACACCGACACCUACCCUAUACUACGCGAGCGUGACCUCCACCCAGUCCACGACCGCCUGCGAACCCGAGGUGUGCUCCUGGAGCGAAUGGUUCGACGUCGACUUCCCCUCCUCGGGGACCAACCAGGGAGACUUCGAAACCUACCAGCGCAUCCGCGCCGCCGGGAAGGAAGUCUGUCAACGUCCAAAGGAUAUCGAGUGCCGCGCGGAGGACUACCCCGAGGUCUCCAUCCAGCACGUCGGACAGGUCGUGCAGUGCGACGUCCAAUUUGGACUGGUCUGCAAGAACGAAGACCAGACUGGCAAAUUUAAGACGUGCCUCAACUACAGGAUCCGCGUCCUCUGCUGCACCCCUAACUACAACUGCCCAAGCAGCACCUCCUUCCCAACCAGCAGCCCCACCAGCAUCAGCACCCGCACUGCCCCAACAUCCUCCAGUGUCACCACCUCCACCUCCACAUACCGCUCCUCCACCACGCAGCCCACCUCCUCAGAGAUCGCAUCGCAAACCUACACCAGCACCACCAGCCCCACACCGACACCUACCCUAUACUACGCGAGCGUGACCUCCACCCAGUCCACGACCGCCUGCGAACCCGAGGUGUGCUCCUGGAGCGAAUGGUUCGACGUCGACUUCCCCUCCUCGGGGACCAACCAGGGAGACUUCGAAACCUACCAGCGCAUCCGCGCCGCCGGGAAGGAAGUCUGUCAACGUCCAAAGGAUAUCGAGUGCCGCGCGGAGGACUACCCCGAGGUCUCCAUCCAGCACGUCGGACAGGUCGUGCAGUGCGACGUCCACUUUGGACUGGUCUGCAAGAACGAAGACCAGACUGGCAAAUUUAAGACGUGCCUCAACUACAGGAUCCGCGUCCUCUGCUGCACCCCUAACUACAACUGCCCAAGCAGCACCUCCUUCCCAACCAGCAGCCCCACCAGCAUCAGCACCCGCACUGCCCCAACAUCCUCCAGCGUCACCACCUCCACCUCCACAUACCGCUCCUCCACCACGCAGCCCACCUCCUCAGAGAUCGCAUCGCAAACCUACACCAGCACCACCAGCCCCACACCGACACCUACCCUAUACUACGCGAGCGUGACCUCCACCCAGUCCACGACCGCCUGCGAACCCGAGGUGUGCUCCUGGAGCGAAUGGUUCGACGUCGACUUCCCCUCCUCGGGGACCAACCAGGGAGACUUCGAGACCUACCAGCGCAUCCGCGCCGCCGGGAAGGAAGUCUGUCAACGUCCAAAGGAUAUCGAGUGCCGCGCGGAGGACUACCCCGAGGUCUCCAUCCAGCACGUCGGACAGGUCGUGCAGUGCGACGUCCACUUUGGACUGGUCUGCAAGAACGAAGACCAGACUGGCAAAUUUAAGACGUGCCUCAACUACAGGAUCCGCGUCCUCUGCUGCACCCCUAACUACAACUGCCCAAGCAGCACCUCCUUCCCAUCCACCAGCCUCACUACCAGCAGUGCCACAUCUGAACCUUGCUGUACCAGCACUUCUUCUACCCCUGUAUCAACACCAUGUUUCUGUAAAAUUGGCAGUUCUGUUUUUUCACCUGGUGAAAUGAUUUACAACCGUAUGGAUAGUGACGGAUGUAGAUUUUAUGCCAUCUGUAGUCCAAUAUGUACUGUUGAACGACAUGCUCUGGAUUGUAACGUUACUACUCCUCUAUCCACUACUUCUCCUGAAUGGUCUACCGUAACAACAACAGUUCCUCUGCCUACCACUUCUGGAAGACUUCCUUUUCAUGGUUGUGUUUCUGCUACUUACCCUCCCCUUCAACCUGGACAAAGAUACAAAUUAUCCAACUGUACAGAACUCAUCUGUAAGGGAGACAACAAGGUAGAAGUAAUUCCAACGCACUGCCCACCUGUAAAGGAAAUUACCUGUGCAAACAAAUAUCCAGCAAUACUGGUACCUGAUGAAAAUGGCUGCUGUUAUCAUUAUGAGUGUCAAUGUGUGUGCAGUGGAUGGGGUGAUCCUCACUAUAUUACUUUUGAUGGAACCUACUAUACUUUCCUUGAAAACUGCACUUAUGUCCUGGUGAAACAGAUUGUGCCUAAAUAUGACAACUUCCGUGUUUACAUUGACAAUUAUUACUGCGAUGCAGAAGAUGGACUUUCCUGCCCUAAAUCCAUUAUUAUUUUCUAUAAAUCUGCAGAAGUGCUGCUGACCCGUAAACUCAUGAAUGGUGUGAUGACCAAUGUGAUGUACUUCAACCACAAGAUUGUGAAAGCAGGCUUCAAAAAAGAUGGCAUUUCUUUCUCAACACUUGGCAUCAACAUGAUUGUUGAAAUACCAGAGAUUGGUGCAACCAUCACCUUUAGUGGGCUGAUUUUCUCUGUGAAACUCCCAUACAGCAAAUUUGGCAACAACACCGAAGGACAGUGUGGAACAUGUACAAAUAAUAAAGCAGAUGAAUGCCGCUUACCAAAUGGUAAGAUCAUUUCUUCCUGUCCCCAAAUGGCUCAUCACUGGAUUGUUGAUAACAACAAGUCAUGCCAUGGAGUACCAAUACCACCAGUUGUAACUACACCUCCGCCAAAGCCUCACUGUGGAACGCCUUCUCUUUGCAAGCUUAUCUGGAGCAAGAUUUUUGCAGAAUGCCAUGCUGUGAUACCACCAGAACCAUUUUUCAAAGGCUGUGUUUUUGACGGAUGUCGUAUAGCUAAUAAAUCCAUGCAGUGUUCCAGUUUGGAGAUAUAUGCUACAGAGUGUGCUGCUAGAGGUGUCUGCAUUGACUGGAGAGGAAAGACCAAUAAUACAUGCUCAUACACCUGUCCAUCAAGCUUGGUAUACAAGCCAUGCGGACCCAUUAAUCCUGCUACCUGUGACCCAAGCUUUGUUGAGCUUCCUGGCUAUGGAGUAACUGAAGGAUGUUUCUGUCCUGAAGGAAAGACACUCAUGAGUGAAGACAGCGACAUCUGUGUCUCUGAAUGCUCUUGCAGGGAACCAAAUGGAGUAUCCAGAUGGCCAGGAGAAAAAUGGAUGAAAGACUGCCAGGAAUGUGUCUGUGACAAACAUACUCUUAAAGUGCACUGUGAAAAACACAAGUGUGCUCUGACACAGCAAGUAUUUUGUGAUGAACCAGGUUAUAUGCCUGUUCAGACACAGAUACCAGAAGACCCAUGCUGUACCAGGACUGAGUGCUACUGCAACACUAGCCUCUGCCCUGAGGUCACACACCACUGCUUAGAGGGACAGGAAGUAGUCACAAUAAUGCAGCCUGGAAAAUGCUGUCCUACCUUUGAAUGUAGACAUGGCUGUGUAGUCAAUGAAACCUACUAUGCACCUGGAGCUGUCAUUCCAUCAGGCUCCUGUGAAGAAUGCACCUGCUCUGAAUCCUCUUACUCAAGCCCUCACCAGGCUAUUGUCAAGUGCAAGCCUGUUAUCUGUGACACAUACUGCCCAGCGGGUUAUAAGUAUACAAAGAAACCUGGAGAGUGUUGCGGCACGUGCAAGGCAGCAGCUUGCAUAGUGACUGUAGGAGACAUUACACGUGUGCUCCAGGUUGGAGAACUCUGGAACCCACCUGUUGAUAACUGUACAACUUAUACAUGUGAAGAAUAUGAUGACCAGUUCAUUCAGGUCAUCUUACAGAAAAGCUGUCCUCCCUUUAACCCUGAUGACUGUGAUCCAGAUGACAUCAAACUAUCUGAUGAUGGCUGCUGUAAAGAAUGCCAAGUAAAACUAAAGAGUUGUAUGAAGCACAAUACUACUACUGUCAUCAAAUAUCAUGGAUGUGUAUCUCCUGCACCAGUUGAGAUGACAUACUGUGAAGGCAGCUGUGAUGCUUACUCACGAUAUUCUCCAGAGGCAAAUACAAUGGAACAUAAAUGCUCAUGUUGUCAAGAAACCAAGACCAGCCAAAGAAAGGUGACUCUGACGUGCAGUGAUGGAACCUACCUUGAUCACUCAUACACCUAUGUGGAGAAAUGCAGCUGUGUGAGUGCUGAGUGCAUUUCCCAAGUCAGCACCCAACAGGCAACAAACGAGAUAAAGACCUCUCAGGAACAAGCAAAUGUCUAAAGUUAGAACUAGAGAGAAGUCAUCAAACAAGGAUUGAACAUAAGACUAAAAAAGAAGAACUUUGAAAAAAACACAAAAGUGUCAAAAGCAGCUAAAAUUUUGGAUGAACAGAUGAUAUUUUCUGCAUACAAACUCAGUAUGACUGUCCACAUUAUUCUGGUUUUCAUUACUAAUAUAUCUCCUAUUGUUUUUCAUGUGUUUUCUUUUACACCUUGAGAGGUGUAAGGUCAUAAGAGCAUAAGGUCAUUUUGACAUUUCUUGUUUGUUUGUUUGUCUUCUGAGAAUUGCUGUACCGUAAGACUGAAAGCUGGAUUUACACUUGCACAAGUCUAUUACAAGAACAACAUUCUUUUCUGGCUUGAAGCUUGCCUGUGGUGGCAUAACAAGGACACUUGACAAUAUCUAAUAUGUCCAUUAAUGUAGGCUGACCUUUUUAAUAACAUUUGCACUCCAGUUCAUUGACACCAAUCAAAAGCUAAAGUCCAGAAAACAAACAAACAAAACCCAAGGAAAACUGUACCUCUCUGUUUCUUUAGUUUUCUUUUUACAUUACGGAAAACUUAGACUGCAGAAAGCCAUAUCUUCUCAAAACUAUAAACUUCAAUAUUUUGAAAAAUUUAUAAUGGGCAUAUUUCCUUAUAUAUUCUCAUGAGAAAAAGAACUCCUACCAUAAGAAGCUGCUGCAUACUACUCUUUGUUUACAUAACACCAUCAGCAUGGUAACUGUAUGAAAAUAUGGAAUUUUUUUGUUUGUGAUUAACUGUUUACAGAAGAAGUAUAUAUAUAUGUAUUUUUGCCAACAGGGCAUAUGAAGGAUUUUUGUAAACAAAUAAUAGUAAUAAUAAUAAUAAUUGUAAAUUCUUUCCUAGGAAGCUUUUAAAAGUUGUACUAUUGCUAUUUAUUUUGGUUUUGGAAAAUUGAUUUAUUGGGUCAUUUCUUUCACAAUUAAUGAUAUCCCAUUUCUUAGUCUUAGUCAUGUUAUCUGGGUGUGGUAUAUUUUUGCCUUCUAUUUUGUUUUGGAAUAUUUUCUUCCUUAUGAAAAAGUAAUGAUGAUUAAUAAAUUUAAAGCAUUUUA